GAUGACAAUACUCUAAUUAUUUCGUGGCAAUGAUCAACGCUCUCAUGCAUUUCUUUGAAACUGUUAAUAUAGAACAGAAUAACAAACAGUGGUGGCACAGUGACAAUUGGUGUGACAGUCAUUCCCCAAGUUACGAAUAUCAACACAGAUAGCCCAAGUUCAAGGAUCUGGUACGUCAGCUAAAAGAGAUACAAAUAUCACAUCAGUCGCGCUGAACUUACCAGAAAGUAGAAACACGUCUGAUAAUACAGAACACCGGAAAUUGAAAGUUAUCAAUAUUUACUGAAGAAAGUUUUUAUAAAGCAAUACCAUGACUACCAUACAAGUUCCCCGUGAAGUAAGCCUGCCCGCCCUUCCGGCUCAGGAGCCUAACGACCUGGAUAUUGUGGCGCUUACAAUGGCAGCACUGCGCUUCGUCAACCCAUGGACCAUCGAGACUAAAUGGGUUGAGAAAAUACAACCUGGUACGCCAGAAGCUAAAGAUAGAGUUAUUACUCUCGCAGAAGUUAGCUGUCACGACACUCCUCAAGAUUGCUGGGUCGUAAUAUACGACCGAGUGUACGACAUUACCACUUUCCUAGAAGAGCAUCCGGGUGGCGCCGAUAUUAUGCUGGAAUACGCAGGUCAAGACGCAAGCACGGCUUUCAGGAGUUCAGGUCACACGCGCUCUGCCUCUAAAGCCCUCGACCGUUUCUUGGUCGGUGAGCUGCCGAUGCACGAGAGGAUGUACCGUCGCCCUAACGGCAUACGACUUAGCGACAUACCAGACUAAUUUGAAAAUUAUUUUAUACGCAUAUUAUGGAUUGAAAUAAUUUUAUAAUUGUACCUUAGUAGAUAACUUAGCUGGAUCCCCAUUUAGUUACUGUAAAUCUUAUUCUGUUGCCCUCCUUGUCUAUCAGUGGGGUGCUGCCAACCCUUGGUUUAUGGAGAUGUUAACCAUUACCAUACCUUUUUUUAAAUUCAGGGCACAUUAAAUAAACGAGACAUAGGUCUAUAAAGACGUAUUUGUGCAGACACUCUGAUAUUACAUCUGUACUAUCUGACGGUGUAUGUAGACUUACUAUUAACUAAAUAUAAUGAAAUAAGUUAUUUAUUAUGCAUUUAAAAUACAGCUCUAUUUAUUUAACACUUAACUAUUUAUAUUAUAUAGAGACACAUAAGUAAUAGAAACAAUAUGUAGACGUAAUUUAUUUAAUAGGUGACCCUACUAUAUUUUUAAUAAGUACAUACAUAGUUAUUAUGCAAAAGUUAAUAAAAUACUAUUUAUCAAACAUGUCACUGUUUAAUCAAUAAGAUAUAUACUGCACUAGUAACCAAGAUGUUUAUUAACCUCAGAUGCAAAUGUCAAGAACUUGAUAAAUAAGCACGUACACUUGAAAUAAUAAUUUUAUGUAGAGAUGUUUUACAGGUAAUGCGAUACUGUAAAAAUAAAUAAACAAUAAGCUGACUUUUGACAAAUCAAAAUCAUAUAAAAAUAGUUGAUUCUUAUUAAUGUUAAUCGAGUCUUAACAAGAAUAAUUUUGGAGUAAAUAAGGUAUUUACCUUUCCUCGUUAUUAACAGCUUCUAACAUUAUCCUAGAUAUAGAUUAUUUAUUCAUUUUUUAUUUCUAUAACAUUUAGUUCUGAAUAGACCGCCU